AUGCUGCAGCAGCAGCAGCAGAUACAGUGGCAGCAACUGCAGCAGGAAAGACACGAGCAGCAGCUAGCGCUUCAAGAGGUGCGGCCGCAGCAGCAGCAGAUGCUGCUGCUGCAGCAGCAGCAGCAGCAGAUGAUGCUGCAGCUGCAGCAGCAGCAGCAGCAGCAGCCGUAUGCAUACCAUCAGCAGAAGCAGCACUGCGCCUAUGCACACCCUUACCCUGUAGGGCCGCAGCAGCAGCAGCAGUAUUACAUGCAGCAGCAGCAGCAGCACCCGUAUUACCCGCAGCAGCAGCAGCAACCAUACUAUCCGCAGCAACAGCAGCAGCAACCCCAAAACAUGCAGCAGAUGCCCCCCUAUAUGCCGCCGCCGCAGCAGCAGCAGCAGCAACAGCAACCGCCGCCGCAGCAGCAGCAGCAGCAGCAGCGGCGCGGAACAGAGCAGCCGCUGCCGCAGCUACUGCUGCACGAGCUGCACUAUGAACAAGGACAGCAGCAGCAAACACCCAGCAGCAGCAGCAGCAGCAGCAGCAGCAGCAGCAGCAGCAGCACGAAUGCUGCUUCACAGCAAGAGCUAGAUGUGGUGUACAUACACUCCAUUCUGCCGACUGCAACGACGGAGCAAAUAAAAGAGUCAGACACAAAUAAAUAA